UCAUUAACAAAAUGAAUUCCUAAUUUAUAUAUUGAUCAUAAUAAUUCUCUUCAGUUUACAUCAGAAUUUGUUUGAUAUUUUCAUUAUCAUUUGUUAGACUGGAUCACAUAAUCUAUAUAGGAAGGACCUAUAUUCUUCUUCAAGAUCAUCAGUGAUCACAAUGCCGCUGUUUGGCAGUAAGACGCCCAAAAAUCCUCCUGAAGUGGUGAGGGCUUUGAAGGAAGCUCUUACUUCUUUGGAGCGAUCUGAUAAGAAAGCUGAGAAGGCCCAGGAAGAUAUCAGCAAAUGCUUGAGUCAGAUGAAGACUAUGUUGUACGGCAGCAGCGACUCUGAUCCUCCCACGGACAUCGUCGUGUCACAGCUCUCACAGGAAUGCUACAACACCAAUCUUCUCCUCCUACUCAUCUCUAAUUUACACAGAAUAGACUUUGAGGGCAAGAAGGAUGUCUCUCAAAUCUUCAACAACAUCUUGCGUCGACAAAUUGGCAUCCGCACCCCCACUGUUGAAUACCUCUGCACUAAACCAGAAAUACUAUAUACUCUGAUCACUGGAUACGAGCAGCCUGACGUGGCCCUGCACUGUGGCACGAUGCUGCGCGAGUGCGCCCGUCAUGAAGCUCUCACGCGCAUUGUCCUCAACUCCAAGCUCUUCUACAACUUUUUUAAAUAUGUUGAGGUCUCAACUUUUGACAUAGCCUCUGAUGCCUUCUCUACGUUUAAGGAACUGCUGACGAAGCACAAGGGUUUGUGUGCGGAGUUUCUGGAGAACAACUACGACGAAGUUUUUGGUGACUACGAGAAGCUUCUCAAUUCUGACAACUACGUCACUCGUCGGCAGUCACUGAAACUUCUCGGCGAGUUGCUGCUCGACCGCCACAACUUUAAUGUGAUGAAGCGCUACAUCAGCAACCCCGACAACCUCAAGCUCAUGAUGACGAUGCUUAAGGAGAAGAGCAGGAACAUCCAGUUUGAGGCCUUCCAUGUCUUCAAGGUGUUUGUGGCCAACCCUGACAAGCCCCGUCCUAUCCUGGAAAUCUUGCUUCGUAAUCAGGACAAACUUGUGGAGUUCCUCACUCGGUUCCAUACAGACAGGACUGAAGAUGAGCAAUUCAAUGAUGAGAAGGCCUAUCUCAUAAAACAGAUCAAGGAGCUACGGCCCUUGCCGCCUGAGUAGGCUUAUCACGCAACCUGUUGAGCGCAGCAUUACACUGCAGUUGUGCAGAGUGUACAGUGCAGCAACAUACCAGUUGUGUGCUGUACCAUACAGUGCAGCGAUAUAGCAGUUGUGCAAAGUUCAUAAAAGUAUCUCUGCCUUCAGUAUAGAGUUCAUCCAUUUACAUUUUGAAUUGGGGCUUAGGUUUAUAGUUAGUUACUUACUAUAUGUGGAUAGUGUAAGCUGGAUUAAUGUGUGCAUUUUGUUGUGAUUAACUUUGAGUGAAAUAAUGGCUUGAGAUGGGAUGAGUUUGUACGAUGUUAAAAGCAGAAAAGAAAGCUCGUGUUCAUCGUGCGUGGGUCUUGAGUGAGAGGAAGGGCCAUCACGUUACACUCGUUUUGUAAUCACUUGAUAUGUGCGGGUUUAGCAACCUAAGACAUGAAUGAUCAAUUGGUGUGUAAGGUUUCGUUACUUGUUUGUGCACAUUGUUACUGCGUUAUUUAUGGUCUCUUAUUAUCUUCAAAUGUGUUACAAUUUCACCAAUGGUCAGCUUGUUUUCGUGUACUUCAUGAAGCUGUUAGCAAUUCUGCAUGCUGCAGAUAAUAUAUUGAAUAAUUAACCUUCACACUUAUUCCAGCACUGCACAUUUUGCAAUGUAAUUUGUUGCAUUCGGUCAUGUCAAACUCAUGUGCAGCCAGUCGUCUUAAGAAUAACAUGUUAUGCAGAGACAUUUUCUCCUAGACAACAGUUUUUAGUUGGAGGUCUUGUGAAGGUUUGAUGCCGAGUAUAUGUUGAAAACAACUAGCACUGAAAGAGUUACCCCUUUCCAUCCUAUUCCAAGAUCUUUUGGCCAGAAACACCAAGGCAUCCAAACCACAACUAUAUAUUUUUACAUGUAAAUUUUCUUAUAAUUCAUAUUUUAAGUAAUCAGGUUUAUAGUUCAAGAAAAAAUCGCAAAAAAGCGUAAGAUCGAGUUUGAAAAGGAAGAAGUAUCAAGCUUAACAGAUUUUUUUUAUUAGUUAAAUCCCCAGGGAGUAGAAGUUGAUCGGCAAGUAAAUUGCAUAAGUUCCAUGAUACGAACCCUAACUAGAAAUUGUUUUUGUGACUCUAAGGCAAUUCAGCGGCGUUGUGUGUGACAGGCUCAAUGUAAUCUGAAGACUAGCGUCAAGGUUUAAGCUUAUUGAUGAAAAUAAAUAAGUUGUGAACGAACCAAACCGCCUUGCUAAAGCUGUUGUUUUGGCACGUGUUAGAAGUUUUAAUUCUGCUGGGGCAGUAGAACUGCGGGUUGGCAUCUAUUAGAACUUGAAUACUAAAUUUGUACAUGAACACAUUCUCUUGCAUUUAUGUUUACAUUCUUGUUUUACUUUAUUAUGUCAGUAAUUCCAGCUCUGGAGUGUUAAAACCUUACUUGUAAGAUUAAUUUCGUUACUUUUAAUAACUUACUUGUGAUUGGUUUGCAUUGAUUGUCAUGUGCCCCCAUGUUGGUCUAGCAAGCUUAGUGCCAAACAAAAAAAGUUUUAAUGAGUUUUAUCUUGUGGAUAGCUGCUAUGUUUAAUUCAGUAUUAUCUGGAUGAUACAGAUGGUCUCCAAGGUUCUUCAUGAACUCUGACGGCACAAAUUAAUUACAGUUUCUGAGAUAGGCAGACGAAAUAGCUUCUAUUCGCUUUUGUGAUGAUCGGAUGUUCUUCUUGUCAUGCCUACGAAUGAGCGUUCUCUCCCUCUGAGCCUUUCUAUGAAAAGUAAUGGUCAAGUUUUAUGCGUCGAAUGAGAAAUGACAGGCGUGUAAAUCUCCUGUUGGAUCUUGCUUUGCUGUCCCAUUCAGACCUUUCUUGUACAUCCUCACAUGACACAUUUAUUUCUAGCUACCUAAACUUGAAUGUUGAAUUGAUCAGAACUAAUCCGAUGAGUUCUCAUUUGUGUAACUAAUUUUUUACAAUCUGUUCCUUGGGUCCAUAGCAUAAUGUUCACUGACUAGCACUUGUAAUGUUCCUGUACAAAGAACAGGUUUAUUGUGCUCUUAAUCCAAUUAAUAGUAAUAGUCCCCUAAUCUAACAUGUCAUCUAAUCUAACAUGUCAACUGUCCCUCAAUCUAACAUGUCAACUGUCCCUCAAUCUAACAUGUCAAUUGUCCCUCAAUCUAACAUGUCAACUGUCCCUCAAUCUAACAUGUCAACUGAGGCGUCAUUGACAACAAUAUGGGAGAUUUGAGCUUAUCUGGUGAUUUCUUCAAUAUUUUAAUCCACAAGAGAAAGUAACCAAUUUACGUUGUUAUAGCUCAUGAAUACAGAAGCUCCCGUUUACGGAAGAUUUAAUUUAAUUUUGUCUGGUGCAGUUUGGAUCCCAGAUGCCUAGCAGAUGCGAGAGAUUGAGUUUUUCAACUUGUCUGAAGCGAGAAUGCUGCAAACUUGGCUUGAUCUUGGUGCCGUCUUGUCUAAUUAGUAUUUGCAUUCAAUAUGAACUUGAGAGCUCGAAUUGUUGAUAGAUGUGCUAUUGUCAUGUCGUCCUUUCUGGCUCUACGCUUCUCCUUUACAUCCUCGUAACUUAUAUUAUGUACAUACAUUCAAACUAAUG